AUGAGUCAAGUACUAUUCGUCUAUCUGUUGCUGAAUAGUCUUCUCACGUUUGCCUCUGCAAGACAUCCAGAAUAUCCCUAUGACGACGUUGAUUCUGAUGAUGAACACCAUAAUCCAAUCAAAUUGGCUUCAAAACACUUAGAUCCAGAAAACACAUUGAUUUUACGACAAGGAAAACCACUUAUGGUUGAAUGUGUUUACGGAAGGGAUGAUAUCGCUGAUAUUUCUGAUCUUCAAUGGCAUAAAAAAGGUGCUAGUAAAAUUAUUGACGGAAGUAGUUCGUCCAGUAUAUUCACUACUGGUCUCUUGGAGCAUGGCACACGACAUAAAAAGAAAAAUUUACACUUCACUGCAAUUCAUAAACGAGAUGAGGGAACAUAUGAGUGUCGUGCACGAAAUCUUGCUGGAAACGUCUAUUCAAGAAAUGUGAAAGUUAUAGUUUUAAACGAGAUUCGAUGGAAUGACGAAUCGCACUCGGCCGGAGCACUCCUUGGUGAACCUUUAACAAUUGACUGUGGUGUGAACGAUGAUGAUGAUGAACAUCAAAUAACAAUAACGGAUAAUGAGGGUGAAAUACUUGACGGGAACAUGUUCACGAUUGCUGGAAAAGAAGUGACCGUUGAACGUCUUACAAAGGAAUAUGACGGAAAGAAAAUUAGCUGUGUUCAUAUUGAAUCCUAUGGCAAGGAUGAACUUCCUAUUAUCGACAGGCGUGAAGUGAAUAUCGAUGUGUGGUAUAAACCCGAAUUUGAAAAAUUAUCAGUUGAUCAGUACACCAUUGUUGAUGACAAAUCUCGUGAGGUGGAACUAAUUUGUCCGGUUGCUGCUUCGAAUCCUCCUGCAAUUCUCUUCACUUUUUAUCGUGGCGGCAACGAAUUGAAUGAUCCAACAAAAUACGAUCUUUCCAUGGAUAAAGAUCACAAAAAAGCAACGUUAAAGAUAUUCAACGUAGACGAAGACGACUUGGACGAAUACCGAUGUGAGGUCAACAAUGGAAAAGCCAAAAAUACAAUGACUAUUCAUCUAAAAGAAACCAAUCCCCCAUCCGAGCCAAAAGUUACACUAUAUAACGUAAAGAAACAUACGAUCACGUGGAAAAUCGAAAAUAAAGAGGAAGAGGGUGAGCUACCAAUAAAAGUGGUUGAAAUCGACUAUAUGAGGAAAUCUAUUGUCGAUGAAAAGCUCGAGGAAGACGCGGAUAGCAUAAGCGACACUUUUUGGAAUGAGCAUGGAAUCAAACACAAACGGCCUAAAAGUUCCUCUGGACUGUACCAAAUCACGGGACUUCUGCAAGCAUCUGAAUAUAUUUUCAAAAUUCGACAAUUUAGUGAAGCAGGAGAAGGUCCUGCUGUAAUACUACGAGCAACAACGAACGAGGAUAUCUCCAUUAAACAAGAGCUAUCCUCAUCACGAAGUGUUUCAUCAUGGUCUCUUAUUCUGGUCACCAUCCUCAUCACACUUAACCUCAACUACUAA